AACGGCAGAARCACAUUUUCCAUUAUUUUUUGUUAUACAUUUUUAAUAAUUUAUUAUAUUUUGGGUGCACUAAAAAUGUUUUUGAAUACCAUUCGUACAUUGUCGUCUACAUUUUUCAAAACAUCAAGUGGUCUAUCUACUGGGAACUACAUUGUGCCUAAAAACGGAAGAAGUGUAUUUACAAACGUGGUCAAAUAUAAUGAAUUGUCGACUAAAGAUGAAGUGCAACGAGAUUCGCCAAAAGAUAGGUCGACUGUGAUUUCACCCGAAACUAGUAUUGAAUAUCUAAAAAGUGAUGCAUACAAAUUAACUUAUGGAAAUAAUCCCGUAUGGAAAGAAUAUCGGCGUAAUCACAAAGGAAGUAUUCCACCACAAAAAACUAGGAAAAUGUGUAUUAGAUCUGAUAAGAUUUCAACUGGUAAUCCGUGUCCAGUAUGUCGUGACGAAUACCUCAUACUCGACUACAAAAAUGUGGAUUUGCUCAAACAAUUCAUAUCUCCUUAUUCGGGAAAACUAUUAUCCUAUAAAUUAACAGGAAUUUGCCAAAAACAACACGAAAAAUUGAUAGUUGCCGUAAAAAAAGCAAAAGACUGGGGAUUUAUUAAAUUUGAUCUUCCAAUCAAACAUUAUAAUUAUGAUGAAUUUAAAAAUUCUAAUUAGUGUAAAAUUGAUCGUACAUAAAUAAUGUAACUGAACUUGUACAGAAAUACUUGUUUGAUUUGUAGAUGCACAUUCUUAUAUUAGUGUUAUUUUUUUUUUAAAUAUUAAUUAUAAUAUUUUCAUACUAAACCAUUGUAUUACUUCU